AACUGCUUUGGAAUUUCAGGCCUGCUAUCUUUGCACCCCCUCAAUACAGAGUUGCGCUGACCCUCCCCGCUUGGUGGCCAUGUUCCUCCCAUAUUGCAUGAGCAGCAGUUAUUGAGGUUGUUGGUUUUGGUUGGAGCAGAAGAGCGCAUGGUGUGUGUGAUUUCCUUUUCUUGCACAGAGGCAGCAUGGCAGUCGCAGUGGGCAGGCAGUCUAACAGCCACGGCCAAAGGACAGUCCCAGCCAAUCAGGUUGAUGUUAGUUGUUUUUAGGAGGAUUCAUCUCUUCUCGUUACCCAGUGAUGACAUUCGAACACUCUCUAUGUCUGGUCAUGUAGGUUUUGACAGUCUUCCUGACCAGCUGGUCAACAAGUCCACAUCUCAGGGCUUCUGCUUCAAUAUACUCUGCGUUGGUGAGACAGGAAUUGGAAAAUCAACACUAAUGGAUACUAUUUUUAACACAAAGUUUGAGAAUGAGCCAGUUUCUCACAGUGAACCAGCAGUUCAGUUAAAAGCAAGAAGUUACGAACUUCAAGAGAGCAAUGUUCGCCUGAAGCUAACCAUUGUGGAUACCGUAGGAUUUGGGGACCAGAUAAAUAAAGAAGAAAGUUACAGACCCAUUGUGGAGUACAUCGAUGCACAGUUUGAAGCUUACCUGCAAGAAGAGCUCAAGAUCAAGAGAUCCUUGUAUAAUUAUCAUGAUACCAGGAUACAUGCCUGUCUUUACUUCAUCGCUCCGACUGGACAUUCCUUGAAGUCACUUGAUUUGGUCACCAUGAAAAAGUUAGACAGUAAGGUGAACAUAAUUCCAAUAAUCGCAAAAGCAGAUACUAUUGCCAAAAAUGAGCUUCACAAAUUCAAAAGUAAAAUUAUGAAUGAGUUGGUCAGCAAUGGAGUUCAAAUCUACCAGUUUCCUACAGAUGAAGAGACAGUUGCAGAGAUCAAUGCAACAAUGAGUGUGCACCUGCCUUUUGCUGUUGUCGGUAGUACAGAAGAAGUCAAAAUUGGCAAUAAAAUGGCUAAAGCAAGGCAAUAUCCCUGGGGUAUUGUUCAGGUUGAAAAUGAAAACCACUGUGACUUUGUGAAGCUCAGAGAGAUGCUUAUCAGAGUUAACAUGGAGGACCUAAGAGAACAGACACAUGCACGUCACUAUGAGCUGUACAGGCGUUGUAAGCUGGAAGAGAUGGGGUUCAAAGACACAGCCCCUGACAGCAAGCCAUUCAGUCUUCAAGAAACCUAUGAAGCCAAGAGGAAUGAAUUCCUGGGAGAGCUUCAAAAGAAGGAGGAGGAAAUGAGACAAAUGUUUGUGAUGAGAGUAAAAGAAAAAGAAGCUGAACUUAAAGAGGCAGAAAAAGAACUUCAUGAGAAAUUUGACCUCCUUAAGAGAACCCACCAGGAAGAAAAAAAGAAGCUAGAGGACAAAAAGAAAGAGAUAGAAGAGGAAGUAAACAUGUUUCAGAAGAAAAAAGCAGCCACACAGCUUCUCCAGUCCCAAGCUCAGCAGGCAGGCGCACAACAGACCAAGAAAGACAAGGACAAGAAAAAUAAUCCUUGGCUGUGCACAGAAUAAAUGGCUCAGUUUCAAUCCUAAUUGGAUGUGCUUUCCCUCCUCUGCAUCUUCUUUUCAUAACCAGCCUGUUAUCAGCCCUUCACUUUUCCCCUAUAACGGCCAGAUGAGUGUCAGGAAAGCAGCAUACACAUCUUGAAAGAUCUGCCUUGCAACAUUUUCUUUUUGUUCCUGUGGGUUAUAUGUGGUUGUGUGUUGGGUGCAUUUCUUUUCUCUACUGACCUAAUACAACUGUUUGUGUCUCUAGAACUUUAACAGUGUAACAGUGGGGUUCCUUAUUGUGGUGCUGUUUCAAAGUAGACAUGGUCCAACUAUAAGUCCAAGUACAAUUAUUUCCUGUGAAUAGAAAAGACUAUUGUUUUAUUACUGGACUUGCAAUUCCAGCAUUCAACUGGAAGAUGAUUUUUUUUUUCUUUUUUUUUUCUUUUUUUUAGGUAAUGCCUAAAAUCUUUUACUGGGGAGUAAUAUAUGGAACAGGCAUGCAUAGUAGGCAGGCUUGUAGAAUAUUUACCUGUUUAAUACCUGGUAUGUUAAAAGUGUACUUUUGCUUAGCAUGACUUGAUUGUUCCAAAACCUUUAUUUCUUUGCAUUUUGCAUACACCAGAGCUGCCAUAUUGCUAACAAAUAAAGCAAAUAUUGGUUAGGUGGCAACCCUAAUGGUGGCAGACAAUCGACAGAACAUUAUUGAAAUGGUAAAUGUAUUUACAUCCACUGGAGUGCCCAGUUCCAAAUAUAAGGCUGCAGUCAGGUACAACAUAUAGUCAUAUGAAAAAGUUUGGGAACCCCUCUUAAUUCUUUGGAGUUCUGUUUAUCAUUGGCUGAGCUUUCAAAGUAGCAACUUCCUUUUAAUAUAUAACAUGCCUCAUGGAAACAAUAGUAUUUCAGCAGUGAUAAAAAGUGUAUUGGAUUAACAGAAAAUAUGCAUCAUAACAAAAUUAGACAGGUGCAUAAAUUUGGGCAUCCCAACAGAUAUUAAAUCAGUACUUAGUUGAGCCUCCUUUUGCAAAUGUAACAGCCUCUAGACGCCUCAUAUAACCUUGGAUGAGAUUCUGGAUGGCUGUAUUUAUGACCAUUCGUCCAUAUAAAUCACUCCAGUUCAGUUAAAUUUGAUGGCUGCUGAGCAUGGACAGCCUGCUUCAAAUCAUCCCAUAGAUUUUCAAUGACAUUCAAGUCGGGGGACUGUGACGGCCAUUCCAGAAUAUUGUACUUCUCCCUCUGGGAUAAAUGCCUUUGUAGAUUUUGAACUGUGUUUAGGGUCAUUGUCUUGUUAUAAUAUCCAACCCCUGUGUAACUUCAACUUUGUGACUAAUGCUUGAACAUUAUCCUGAAGAAUUUGUUGAUAUUGGGUUGAAUUUAUCCAACCCUCAACUUUAACAAGGGCUCCAGUCCCUGAACUAGCCCCACAGCAUGAUGUAACUUCCACCAAAUUUGACAGUAGGUAGCAGGUGUUUUUUUGUAAUGCAAGUGUUUUUCUUCUGCCAUGUUUUUUGUUAUGACCAAAUAACUCAAUUUUUGUCUCAUCAGUCCAAAGCACUUUGUUCCAAAAUGACAGUGGCUUGUCUAAAUGAGCUUUUGCAUUCAACAAGCGACUGUUUGUGGUGUGAGUGCAGAAAGGGCUUCUUUCUCAUCACCCUGCCAUACAGAUGUUCUUUGUGCAAAUUGCGCUGAAUUGUAGAACAAUGUACAGGUACACCAUGUGCGGCAAGAUGAUCUUGCAGGUCUUUGGAGGUGAUCUUUGGGUUGUCUGUAACCGCAUCUGCCGCUUCUGUAUUUUUCUUGGUCUGCCAGACCUGUGUUUUCUGGGUUUUACAGCAACUAUGCCUGUGGCCUUCCAUUUCCUGAUUACAUUAUAUUCCUUACAGUUGAAACUGACAGUUUAAACCUCUGAGAUAGCUUUUUUUUGUAGCCUUCCCCAUGAUACUGAACAAUGUUUGUUUUCAGAUCUCUUGGGAGCUGCUUUAAGGAGUUGCUUUGAAGAGAGUCAAACAGAAGCACAACUUGUAAUUGGCCACCUUAAAUACAUUUCCUCAUGAUUGGACACACCUGCCUAUGAAGUUCAAGGCUUAACAAGCUAAUCUAACCAAUUUGGUGUUGCUAGUAAUCAGUAUUGAGCAGUUACAUGCAUUCAAAUUAGCUAAAUUACCCAAGGGUACCCACAUUUUUGCACAGCCAGUAUUUCACAUUUGAUUUAAUUUCAUACAACUAAAUGCAGCUUCACUAAAAAAAUUUGUUUAGAAAACACCCCAGUUCUCAGAUGUACCUGAGAAAUGAAAGACAUACCACUGUUAUCUUUUUUUGUGGAGUAAAUUAUUAUGCUGGCUGAGAGGGGUUCCCAAACUUUUUUCAUAUGACUGUAUAUAGGUUCUGUUUCAUUACUUGUUUGUUGUACUUUAUUUGGUUUAAAUUACAUUUAACUUAUAUAUAAUUACUUAGCAUAUUGCUAUUUUAUAAAGGUACACGGUUUAACAUUUCCAUGUCAGCAACUGGGCAAAAUGAAAGAUCUUUUUGGACAACUUUAUGUUGUAUGCAUCUAAGUAUUAUACAGUCCUAUCUCCUGAAACUCCACUUAAUAAGUGGGCAUUUGUGGUUUGUUUUUGUGAAAUUUCUAACUUUCUUAUCACAUCAAAUUUUUACACAAGCAAAUAUAAGCAGGAGCCUGAUUCUAUAUUCAUAGUGACUAAAGUCAGUGAUGAUGUAGUAUUAACUUUGCAGUUGGUCCUUAUUUUUUGCUUAACUCACAUGAGGAUUUGGAAUUAUUUUGCUUAAUUUGACCCAUUUACAUUUGGUCUGUGUGAAAUAUGAGCAGUGAAUAUGACCACAAGCCUGGCCUAUAUAGAGCUGAUGGGUUUGAAAGAUCUAAGGGUAAUGGUCACAGGAAGCAUUUUGUCAUCCUCAUAAAAUUACCUCUUGCAAGGGUGACACAACACAACAAAAUACUUUUUUUUUUUUAUUAAGAAGAAUUGUCUUAUCCCAGGCAGUUGAAUGGUGAGCAAAAGCUUUAAACCUCAGGUAGAAGACGCUCCAGGCCAAAAACAUAUUUUUUACCUCUCAAUAUAAGAUUAUGUAUGUACUCAUAGUUUAUAAUGACAUAUAGAUAGGUAAGCCCCCCAUAUCUACGUUAAAGUUUCCAGGUCAUCGAAGAAAAUGUUUAAUUUCUAAAAAAAAAAAAAAAAAAAACUAUUGUUCAGAGAAACUCUAAAUUGGAUAUUUACAACACUACGCUUGUUUAUUUAAAGCUUGCAAAGUUACGGUUUUAUACCAAAGUAUUAAGCAAAGUAUGCCAAUUAUUAUCGGGGGGGGGGGGGGUGGAAGACGUUCUGCAAGCUGAUUACUGAUGACAGUAUGUUCUGCUAUUUUUAGGAGAUGAUUCAUUCAAAUAUUAUAAAGUAAGGUAGGGAUAUUGCAAUUCACUUAUGCAUUUUUUAAACUGAAAUAUAUUUUCAAAUGCAUCACUCUGAAAUGGCAGAUUCCUCAUUUUAAUCAGGGUUCUACAGUUUAUGUAGAUACCUUCCCUUUAAUAUUUUGCAUCUUUCCCAGGGCCUGUCAAUGUCAAAUUUUGGUUUGGUAAUCAUAUCACAGUGUGAUAAAUCUGAAAGUGCCAAAAUCAAGCAAAAUGCUCAUUGUUGGAGAGAAAAUAUUUUUUAAUGUAUGUACAUGAAUGACUAACCUGUACUGUCAUCCACUGUUCAACUCAGGUAGUGUGACCUGUCAAUAAACAAUUUUCAUUGCU